AUGCAGACCUCCGGGAGCAAGCCCUGCCCCAGCUUCAGGCUGCGGGAAGUGGCAUCCAUGUACUUCACCAUGAUCGCGGUGUUCCUCAUCAUCUUGGUGGUGGCAGGGCUCUCCUGGAACGUCAGUUAUCCUGAGCAAGCUGUGCAUUUCCAGCUCCUCAUCAGGGAUCUGCACUUCGGGCUCCUCUUCGGGAUGUCGGACAGGGGCGAGUUUGAGAACGCGGAUCUGGCUGUGCUCUGGAGCGACGGGCACAAUUCGUAUUUUGGGGAUGCCUGGAGUGAUGCCAAGGGGCAGCUCCACAUGGACCCGCAGCAGGACUACCAGCUCCUCGGGGCUCGGAGGGCCCCCGAAGGGCUUUACCUCCUCUUCAGAAGAGCCUUCAGCACCUGUGACCCCAAGGAUUACCUUAUAGAGGAUGGCACUGUGCACCUUAUCUAUGGGAUCCUGGAGAAACCGGUCCAUUCCCUCCACGCCAUCAACAUCUCUGCCAUCCACAGGGGACUGCAGAGGGUGCAGCUGCUAAAGCCCAACAUCACGGUCCCUGAACUGCCCAGCGACAUGAAGACCAUGGAGAUAACAGCCCCUGACAUUGUUAUUCCCAGCCAGGAGACAACCUACUGGUGUUACAUGACAGAGCUCCCAGACGACUUCCCCAAACAUCACAUUAUCAUGUGGGAGCCAGUGAUCACGGCGGGCAACGAGGCUCUGGUCCACCACAUGGAAGUCUUCCAGUGCGCUGCUGAGUUCGACAGCUUCCCCCGCUACAACGGGCCCUGCGACUCCAAGAUGAAGCCAGACCGGCUCAACCACUGCAGGCACGUGCUUGCAGCGUGGGCCAUGGGAGCGCAGGCUUUUUACUAUCCCGAGGAAGCAGGUCUUGCCUUCGGUGGUCCGGGAUCCUCCAGAUAUUUGCGCCUCGAGAUUCAUUACCACAAUCCACUGGUGUUUGAAGGUCGCCAUGACUCCUCGGGAAUCCGGCUCUACUACACGGCCACCCUGCGACUCUACGACGCUGGCAUCAUGGAGCUGGGCUUGGUCUACACGCCAGUGAUGGCCAUCCCCCCGGGCGAGGACGCGUUCCUUCUCACGGGGUAUUGCACCGACAAAUGCACCCAGCUGGCUCUGCCCGCUGCUGGCAUCCGCAUCUUCGCCUCCCAGCUCCACACUCACCUGGCAGGAAGAAAAGUGGUGACAGUGCUGUCCCGGGACGGGAGAGAGCGGCAGGUCGUGAACGCCGAUGGUCACUACAGCCCACACUUCCAGGAGAUCCGCAUGCUGAAGGAGGUGGUUGCAGUUUUUCCAGGUGACGAACUCAUCACAACCUGCACGUACAACACGGAGGACCGGAGCCGAGCCACCGUGGGUGGGUUUGGCAUCCUGGAGGAGAUGUGCGUGAACUACGUGCACUACUACCCCCAGACACAGCUGGAGCUGUGCAAAAGCGCUGUGGAUCCGGGCUACUUGCACCGAUACUUCAACCUCGUGAACAGGUUUAACGAUGAGGAGGUCUGCACGUGCCCAAAGGUCUCCAUCCCGCAGCAGUUUUACUCCGUCCCCUGGAACACGUUCAACAGAGAUGUGCUGAAAUCCCUCUACGGCUUUGCUCCCAUCUCGAUGCACUGCAACAAGUCCUCAGCCGUCCGGUUCCCGGGUGAGUGGGAGAAGCAGCCGCUUCCCAUCAUCACCAAGAGGCUGCGGGAGCCCGUCCCCCACUGCCCACCUGCCCCGGGGCCUCGGCCUGCCACCCCCGUGCCCCUCAACCUGGGCGAGCUCAGGAGGAAUUGA